AUGGCGACAAUUGCCGUCCCCAGACCCGCUCUGCCUCCAAAGAACGCAUCUCAGCGCGGAAACACUCCCGUCAACUCUGCCUCUCCACUCCAAACGCUCGGGUUGGCAUCGCCCCCACAAUUGCCUGGCUCCGUUCCCAUCCCGAUUCCCAAUAGCCCCGUGUCCCUGUACGAGUACACGUCCGAGGAAGACUCCGGCUCGUAUACGCAUUCUCCGUCCCCAAGCCAUCCCCGAGCCCUGUCGCAGGCUUCCCUGCUCUACCCGCCCGAUGACUUUGUCCGUCUUGAUGGCGAGCAUGUUUCCAUAUAUGAGAUAGAUGCUGCGAGCGUCGCCGAGGCGUUGGAUUACGCCUCGAGGCAACUCCUCCCUCCUCCCUCGCUGGUCUUCCCCUGGCUGCACGGGCUACAUCCGGACAACCACACUCAGCGCACCUACUUCGAUGGCCAUCAAUGUCCCCCUGGAAAUACGCCAAACUGUCUGAGAGCAAUCACCAUUGUCAAGGCGGAUGGCAACCUCGGCUUUGCUCGCCUCAAGGGCGCCAUUGCUCCGUCGGAAUUCAUGCGGUCGGGGGCAGCUCCCGAAUUCAUCGAUGCAGAUCCCUUGAUGGGCUUGUCUGUUCGUAAUUUUCACAUCCAGCCCACCAAAGUCGCUGCCACCUCUGACAUCAUCGUCUAUGGGCUGGACCCUGACGAGAGUCGGAAGGUCGCAUGGCAAGCGGCUGUCGCUCAACAACGAUGGCGGAAUAAACAGCACGCACAUGCGAGAAACAUGCCCGUGUAUAAUACCUUCGUCUGCACAAGUCCGUUUUCUGCCUUUGAGGAAAACCACGGUAGCUUGGUAGCCAUCGAUGUCUCCGGCAACCCUACCGGCCAGGUCCUGGACCUGGUGCAGCAAGAACACGAGGAGAUGCGGAAUAUGACAGAAACCUCCCAAAUAUGCCACAAUGUCUACCUGGGCCCUAGCCCGGAGCCUGGUAGUGCCGAAGAGCAGCGCUUUGAUGUCCUCAUCGAAUGCAGUGAUACGGGCCGGCUGGAUCCAAGUGCCAUACAGUUCAUUGCUGAGCAUCCUCGCGAGUUGCCUCGUCCAACCUCUAUUUGCUUCCCAUCAUCGGGGAGUAUCAUGCCCCCGACCUGGUCUCAAGCCGAGGCCGACGCCAUCCUUAACACUUGUAAAUGGAUCCAUCACAUCUCCCAUAACACUGUGCCAGAGUCCCAUACCAUUAGCUCCCAAAAUCGCGACAGCGAUGCUCUGCAACAUGUUGAGUCCGAUAAAUCGACCGCGGACGCGGGAGGUCGAAAAAUCCUUAUCCAUUGCCCCGACGGCUAUACAGAAUCAACUCUGCUUGCUAUCGCUUAUUUCAGCUAUAAUACGGGGUUGCCUGUGCCCGAUGCUUGGCUCAGGCUUCAUACGACUGAACGUCGCAAUUUCUUUGCUUAUCCCUCCGAUGUGUCGCUCUUGUCGGCCAUAAGUCCUCGUUUGCUGUGUGAAUCUCCAAUGUCUUCGGGGAAAAGCCUUGAUGACAUGACAAAACUUUUGAAAGCUGAACCGUCGUGGUUUUCUGAUCUGGAUGGCUCGCUUCCCAGCAGAAUCCUGGAUUAUCUCUAUCUGGGUAAUCUUGUCCAUGCGAACAACCCGGAUCUCUUAGCGCAGCUUAAUAUUCACCAGAUACUUAGUAUUGGGGAAUCUGCAUCGUGGUCAGAGGAAGAUCUCCAGAAAUGGGACUCUGAAAACAUUUGCUUUGUUGAAGGUAUCCAGGACAAUGGUAUCGAUCCAUUGACCAAAGAGUUUGGGCGCUGUCUCGAAUUCAUUGGUGAGAUGAGCCCCCUUCGAGUUCAUUUAAUGUGCAACAGAAGAGACUAA